UCUAUGUAAUUAAUCUAAAAUAUCUUUAAACUAAUUAAUAAUAUGGGGCUGUGCAAUUAUGUAUGACCUUCCUCGUAAUAAUUUAAUAAAACCUGAUGCCCUCUCUCUCCGAGUAGACAUAUAUGUAUGUAUAUACAGAAAGGAUAGAUAGAGAGUUGAUGAAGACAUUCAUUGAGUCAAUGCUGCACAGAUACACAUACAUACGUACACACACACACACACAUAUAUAUAGGAAUUAUUAAGUGGUGGAAGGUGAUUGAUGGCGCGCCGGGGAGGAUCGGAGUGGAUACAUUGUGAUGAUCAUCAUGAUAUAAAUCAAAAGAAGUCAUGUUUUUGAAGAUAAUUAGGUUGAUUUGUUUAUUUAUUCAUACAACUAUGCAUUUAUAUAUAUAUAUAUGAACGGAGUUGGAAUGGAAUCCUAGCUCAUCACUAGUCUCCCAAAUCCUUUCAGGUCAGGUCAGAUCCUCCCUCACAUACAUGCAUACAUACAUACAUACAUAUACACAUAGAUACAUAUAUCCCCUGUAUUCAGGGGCUCUACAUCUCUCUUUUUUCUUGGAUGUCUAGCCUAGCCUAGCCUAUACAUAUACACUUUUGUUGUUGCUAUUCCCUGAAAAUGCAUAUAUAAAUCAGCUGCUGCUGCUGCGCCUCCACACACACACACACACACACACACACACACACACAUAUAUGUAUAUAUUAUAUAUUUGAUUGAUUUGGAUUUUCCCAUGUCCUGCACUGCAUUGCAAUGCACUUAUAUUCAAUUUUGUCUGGAGUGGCUGGUAGCUCAUUAUUCGCCGUCGUCGUCGUCCACCCUUAUUAACAGUAGGUCGUAGUCAUGUGCAAGAUGAGUAGUAGUGAAUCUCGAGAAAUUCCACUUGAGACCUUUCCUUGUGCUGCUGCUGCUGCUGCUGCUGAGAUUCAGAAUCAUGAAGAAGAUCAAAGACAUAGCGGUAAUGAUGACGAUGACAAUAAACCCAGAGAAGAACAUGUUCAAAGUCAAAGUGAAGCCUCAACAACCACCACUUCUUCUUCUUCUUUAACAGGCAAUUUCCUAUUGCCGAAGGUGCCCUUCACUGAGGCCCUGGAGGAGCUGGCGGCGCUGGUGAAGAUCGCGUGCCCCGUGGCGCUGACGACGCUGCUCUACUUCUCCAAGACCAUCAUCUCCAUGCUGUUCCUGGGCCACAUGGAGAAGGCCGAGCUGGCCGGCGGGUCCCUGGCGGUGGGGUUCGCGAACAUCACGGGGUUCUCGGUGAUGAAGGGGCUGUGCACGGGCAUGGACCCCAUCUGCUGCCAGGCCUUCGGGGCCCGGCGGUGGGGCAUCCUCUCCCAGACCUACGCCAAGACGGUCCUCCUCCUCCUCCUGGCCACCGUCCCCAUGGCCCUCCUCUGGCUCAACGUCGAGCCCCUCCUCCACCGCCUCGGCCAGGACCGCGCCAUCGCCUCCAUCGCCAAGAACUACCUCCUCUUCUCCCUCCCGGAGCUGCUGACCCACGCCAACCUCGUCCCCCUCCGCACCUUCCUCCGCACGCAGGGCCUCAACUCCCCCAACACCAUCAUCGCUACCUGCGUCUCCGCCCUCCACCUCCCCAUCACCUACUUCCUCGUCACCCACCUCGGCCUCCGCGUCAAGGGCGUCGCCCUCGCCUCCGUCCUCUACUCCCUCAACAUGAACAUCGGCAUCUGGAUCUACCUCUUCUUCUCCAAGGCCGCCCUCAAGCCCUGGGCCGGCGCCCCCUUGGCCUCCAUCUUCCACGGCUGGCAGCCCCUUCUCAGCCUCGCCCUCCCCAGCGUCUGCCAGGUCUGCCUCGAGUGGUGGUGGUACGAGAUCAUCCUCUUCCUCAGCGGCCUCCUCGCCGACCCGGACUCCUGCGUCGCCGCCAUGGGGAUCCUCAUCCAGACUACCGGGACCGUCUACGUCCUCCCCUUCUCCCUGGGCCUCAGCAUCUCCCAGCGGGUCGGCCACGAGCUUGGCGCGGCGCACCCGGCCAGGGCGCAGCUGGCGGUCACCAUCGGGAUCCUCAUCUCCCUGGUGUACGGCUUCUCGGCGUUCGGGGCCAGCGUGGCGCUGAGGUCGCAGUGGGGGAAGCUGUACACGACGGACCCGCAGGUGCAGGCGCUCAUCUCCUCCGUGCUGCCCAUCCUGGGGAUGGCGGAGAUCGGGAACGCGCCGCAGACGGCGGCGGGCGGGGCGCUGACCGGGUCGGCGCGGCCCAAGCUGGGGGUGCGGAUCAACAUCGCCGCCUUCUACCUGGUGGGGCUGCCCUGCUCGGCGGUCAUCGGGUUCAAGAUGAAGCGGGGCUUCCAGGGGCUGUGGAUGGGGCUGGUGGCGGCGCAGGCCGCCUGCAUGACGAUGAUGCUCUACACGUUGGCGCGCACCGACUGGCGGCACGAGGUCAAGAGGGCGGAGGAGCUCGCCAUGGCCGUCGACGACAGGGACGACUCUGCUGCAACCGACCUCGUUGCACAGCCAUAGCAGCGAAGGCUUCCUUCUAUAGAACUCUCUCUCAUUCCUUCGAUUUCAUUUUAUUUUAUUGAUUAUAUAUAUAUAUAUAUCACCAUCACCAUCACCAUCAUGCGAUUCAUCAAUCUCUGUAAAUUCAUGAUGUUUCUUCUUUGGCAGUUGCAGGGCAAAUUAAAGCCAAGGCCGCCGUUUUGUUUUUGUAUACAGUAUCUUUUUUGGUCAAAGUUUUUGAAUUUAUUGUUUCUGUUAUGGGCAACGGUAGCAAUGCAUUAUUGUUGCAAAGAUUGUAGUAAGAGGAACUAAUAGAUAGAGAGGGGGAGACAAGAUCAAGAUGGAUGGAUGGAUGGUUGUCAUCUUGCUAAUUGAAUUUUUUGACGUGUAGCUAGAGCGAGCU